CCAGGGCGGCGGAGCCCGGACCUGGCGGAGCCCGAGGCCGCGCUGAGGGGCUGCUCCGCGCCGGGUGUGCGCUCGGAGCCGCGGCCCGCGGGCUCUCGCCCUGCCCCGGCUGCGGGAGCGCGUUCGGCUCGGCUCCGCUCCGCGGGAUUCUUGCGCCGCGUGUUUUGGCUGUGAUUUGUGUGUGAUUGUCAUUGUGGUGUACCACAGUGAAGAGGUAUUUUUCACUUCAAAAUACCUUGCAUUUAAAGAUCAUGGUAGACAGUUUAAUAGUUUCUUUGAGACUUCUCAGUUCCCUAGCAGUGCUGGGAUUUCAGCUUGUCAUCCCACAGCCUUCAAUUGAACACAGAAAGGUUCCGCAGAGGAUAGAGGAGCAAGGCGAUGGCGCCGAGGACAGCGGCGGCGGCGUGCCGGGCCUGUGGGGCAGCUGGGGCCCCUGGUCCGCCUGCUCGCGGAGCUGCAGCGGCGGGGUCAUGGAGCAGACGCGGCCCUGCCUGCCCGCCUAUUACCGGGAGCGCGGCUACCGCCGGCCCGGCCGCCACUUCCCGGCCUCGGAGCGCGCUCUGCCCCACCCCAGCGCCCACCACGAGGACUCGCUGUCCGCCUACCCCGGCCACGUCAUCUCGGCCAUCCGCACCUCGGUGCCGCUGCACAGGAACGAGGAGCAGCCGUGGGCCGCGCUGCGGAACAGCAGCCAGGCCGGGCGGGCGGCGCUGAGGGGCAGCCGGCACUCGCAGGGCCCGCGGCACAGCGCCAGGCCGGACAGGAGAAGCAGAAACAAAAAUCCUAUUGGUCCAGGAAAGUAUGGCUAUGGAAAAGUGCCAUACAUUUUACCUUUACAAACUGAUACUGGCCAGCAGCCUCAGAAGCUGCGGAGGCAGCGACAGUCGUCGAGGAGCCUGUUCCACCAGAGCCCCUACAGCCAGGCAGCUGCUCCUUCCCUGCAGCACGGCAACCUCUACCAAGAGCCAGCUGGGCCUCAGGCAGGACACCAAGUCCUGGGGCCCUCUGUUUAUCAGUCCCCUUCGUUCCCUGUGUCCCAGAGCCUGUUCCACGGCGGUGACUCCAGCCCUCAGGCCCUGCAGGGCCAGCCCCAGCCCCAGAGGGCUGCAGCCAUCGUGUGCAUUGGUGCCUACAAGCAAUACAAACUCUGCAACACAAAUAUGUGUCCUGAAAGCAGCAGGAAUAUUAGAGAGGUACAGUGUGCAUCAUACAAUAACAAGCCAUUUAUGGGUCGAUUUUAUGAAUGGGAACCUUUUGCAGAAGUGAAGGGGAGUCAGAAGUGUGAGCUGAACUGCCGGGCCAUCGGCUACCGCUUCUACGUGCGCCAGGCGGAGACGGUGAUCGACGGCACCCCCUGCGACCCCAACGGGACGGCCAUCUGUGUGGCAGGGCAGUGCAAGAGCAUUGGCUGUGACGACUAUCUGGGUUCUGACAAGGUGAUUGACAAGUGUGGAAUAUGUGGAGGGGACAACACUGCUUGCAAAGUUGUGUCUGGAGUUUUCAAACACACGCUAACAAAUCUUGGCUACCACAAGAUAGUGGAAAUUCCUGAAGGAGCUACUAAAAUCAACAUUACUGAGAUGUCAAAGAGCAACAACUAUUUGGCCCUGCGGAGCCGCUCGGGACGCUCCAUCAUCAACGGCAACUGGGCCAUCGAUCGCCCGGGCAGGUACGAGGGCGGUGGCACCAUGUUCACCUACAGACGCCCCAACGAGAUCUCCAGCACCGCAGGGGAGUCCUUCCUGGCUGAUGGGCCAACAAAUGAAGUCCUUGAUGUCUAUAUGAUUCAUCAGCAGCCUAACCCUGGUAUACAUUAUGAAUAUAUCAUUCCAGGAGACAAUGUCAUUAGUCCUCAGUUGCUUGCUCACAGGAGGCCAGGGGAGCCACUGAAUGGUCAGUUAGGAAUGCCAGAAAGUACAAGUCAUGAGGAUGAGGAUUUGCAUAGAGAGACAGACAUUCUCACUGGACAGUCAGCUGGAACUUUUCCAGUUAUUCAGCCAGGAAGAUUUCCUUCUCAUCAGCCAGAAAACCAGGUGCCUGCUAUGCAACCACCGAGACAAAACCGGGAACACAACUGGAAACAGGUUGGAAAAACUGAGUGCACUACUACAUGUGGGAAAGGAUCACAGUACCCAAUUUUCCACUGCGUCAACAGAAUCACUCACGAGGAGGUACCCGAGGGUUACUGUGACAGCAGCACCAAACCCAUUCCAGAAGAGGAGGCCUGCAACCUCUUCCCAUGCCCUGCUUUCUGGGAUAUAGGAGAGUGGUCUGAGUGCAGCAAAACCUGCGGGCUGGGAAUGCAGCACCGGCAGAUCCUGUGCCGGCAGAUCUACGCCAACCGCACGCUGACAGUGCAGCAGUACCGCUGCCAGCACCUGGAGAAGCCUGACACCACCAGCACCUGCCAGCUCAAGAUCUGCAGCGAGUGGCAGAUCAGGACAGAGUGGACCUCAUGUUCAGUGCCUUGUGGAGUGGGGCAGAGGACUCGAGAUGUGAAGUGUGUCAGCAACCUUGGGGACAUUGUUGAUGAUGAGGAAUGUAACAUGAAGCUGCGGCCAAAUGACAUCGAGAACUGCGACAUGGGCCCCUGUGCCAAAAGCUGGUUCCUUACAGAAUGGAGUGACAGGUGCUCCGCGGAGUGCGGGGACGGGAUCCGCACGCGCUCCGUGGUCUGCAUGACCAACCACGUCAGCAGCUUGCCUCUGGAAGGCUGUGGCAACAACAGACCCUCGGAAACAACGCCCUGUAACAAUGGGCCCUGCGCUGGGAAAGUGGAGUGGUUUGCUGGGGGCUGGACACAGUGCUCUACUGAAUGUGGUAGUGGAACUCAGCAGAGAGAAGUAAUUUGUGUUAGGAAAACUGAGGGUAAUUUUGAUGUUUUGAACCCCUAUGAAUGUUCAUAUUUGGAAAAACCUCCCAGCCAGCAAUCCUGCUACCUCAAACCAUGUGGAUCUAAGUGGUUUCAUACAGAAUGGAGCACAUGUUCCAAGUCCUGUGAAGGAGGAUUUCGGGUUCGGGAGGUGCGGUGUCUGUCGGAUGACAUGGCAGCCAGUUCUCAGUGUGAUCCACAGCUCAAACCUGAAGAGAAGGAACCAUGUAAUACGCAGGAUUGUGUCCCUGAAAUAGAUGAGAACUGCAAGGAUAAAUACUACAACUGCAACGUGGUGGUCCAGGCGCGGCUCUGUGUGUACACCUACUACAAAACAGCCUGCUGUGCCUCCUGCAGCCGCGUGGCAAACCGACAGCCAGGCUUCCUGGGCCGCAGAUAACACAGCCUGCUCUGCUCGCAGCACAGGGCCACUUCACCUGGAGCUUGGGCAGCGCUGCUCUCGCUGCAGCACUUGGAGCUUCUUAGAGAUGGGGUUUAUAUUGCUGAGUGCAUCAAGACUUUGGUUAAAUCUCACACCCUUUCAGUUACAGUUAUUGUGCAGUUAUCUCUUUUAGGAUGUUUGUUGUAAAAUCGUGAUUUUUUUAAAGCGUUCAUUUUUAAUGAUACUAUUAUUUGCACCUGCUCAUCAGAUACUUAUUUAAGGAACAUACUGGCCUUAAGAUUGUGAAAUUAAUGAAAACUAAAAUCAAUUGCAGGCAAUUACUGGAGAUAAUUGACCAGUAUGAAUGCAGCUGCUCCAUUAUUUUCUGAGUGCUUACUUGGUGUUUUGGACUUUGCCUUAAGUUAAGAGGACUAAAUCAAUGAAACAUGCAUGAGAAAAAUGACUUCCCAAAGAACCAGACCCUUGAAAAGCAUUUAUCAUCAGUUUCCUAGCACUCUAACGUACAUUUUUAACUACUUCAGUCCAUUAUUACUUCAUAAUAAAUCGGAGUCACUGUUAAGGUCUCACAAUUGUCCUUUCAAGUGAUGUCCUGUCCUUAGGCAGCAAAUAUAUACACACUUGACUGCCAGAAGGUGCCUUUAUAUUUAAUUCAUAAACUCAUGAAGAUAGACUUUUAUAAUUUUGUAUGGAUUUUAAAAUAUGUUCCCUACCAGAGUGACACUAGUGUCUAGCUCUUUAAGUCUUUAACAGCUGCAGCUGUUAGUGAGACAGGUUAACCAGAAAGGUGAAGAGCCUUUGCUGGUAUAAAAAGUGAUUGUUUCCAGUGGUGAGGUCUCUUUUUUCUGUAGGGGACUUAUUUCAGAACUGGGAUCUUGCCUAAUUCUUCUCUCUGCACUAUUGCUUAACAACUGCCAAACCAAAGUACUUUGUUCAGACCUAGUCUGGAUAUGUCACCAGUUUCUGAAACAACCACCAAAGGAGAGAGGCCUGUGUGCCUUAGAGCAGUCUGUUACUCCUGGUAUCAGGCAGCAGUAUGAGUCUGGUAGCUGAGUAUCUGUACAAAGGGGAUCUUAGCUAUUGGCAUUCUUCAGGUUUUGAUCAGUUAUUACAACAUACUUGUCUUUUUUUGCUCAGUGUUUCAUUGCUCAGAUCUAUUCAUACCACUCAUUUCCUAUUACUUAAGAAUGGCUGCAGACUUAGAGCUGAAUUUAAGUGGUGAUUUUUCAUUUCUGCAAUUACUGUACUAAGCCUUGAGACUUGCUAAAGGCAAAUAGUAUACUAUGCAGUGCAGAUGAGGUUUUGCAUUAUCUGCUUGUUUUCUAGCCUUUAUUUGAGAGGUCUUUCAAAUGUGUAAAUAAGGCUGAGGGGAAAAAAAUAAACCCUUCUGCUUAUUCAGCUGUUUAUUACAGCAUAUUGCUUGUAAAUUAGUGGUGCCCAUCUAUGCAUCUGUUCCUAAAGUGCCUGAUGUCCGAGUUGCGAAGCAGCUGGAAUAAUCUAUGUUUGGUCAAUCCCAGAGGUGUGGUUAGGGUAUCCUGCCACUGAUGCAGAGCCAUGUUUGAACCUCAUUGUAUAUCCUUUUCUUCUUGCUGCUUCGGUGGAGAGGAAUGCUGGGAGGGGAAGAAGGUUGCUAGGUGUGAAAGCAGUCACAUCAGUUAAUGCCACAGCAAGGUGGAAUUCCUGUAGUCUAAAAGCUGCCUUGCAUUGAGAUUAAAUUCUGAAUGUUUUGAUUUGGUCAGUCUUGAAAAAUAUAUUUUGGACAUGAUGAACUACUACUGUUUGACUGCAUGAAAUGAAGAAGUGUUUCCCCUAAAAUCUGGAGGUACUCUUUGUAUGUACAACUAUAAAUUGUUGUAUGUCAGCCAAAAAUGUUAUUGGCUGUUUCUGUACACUUUGACUUGGGCUUUUUCACUGUAAAUAAUAGACAUAUUGUUAGAAACAGAAACUCUAAUUAGGAAACUUCAAGUUCAUUAGUCUUUCACAGUCCUCCUAUUUCCUUGUACUACAAAGACUUAUCCACGAAGAUAACUUACAGAUUUGUUAUCAUAUUAUGUUCCUUAGAUUCUUGACCAAAGAAUGAUACAGAUAAAGUGCAGUGUAAACAGCUCUGGAAUCCAGUACUUCUGAAUACAGAUUUUCAUCUCUGUAUCUCGUUGCAGCAAAUCUUGACAUACAUUAUAUAAUUUUUGCUGUUAUCUCUUUCAUCCCAAGGAAGUGUUUCCUGUCAGCUUGAGGGAAAUACCUGUUUCAUAACAAGGCUUCCUGGAAACCCCAAGGCAAAUGAGAUGCAGAGGGAAUCUGGUUUGCAGUCAUAGAGCAAAUUCUUCUUACACAUGCUUUGGCUGUGAGACCAUCAGUGACUCAGCACACAGAUAGAUCCCCUAUUUUAUAAAAUCUGUUAUUUUACUCUGGAAUAUAUGGCCAUUAGCUUAUUUUACAAAGAUGAUCAUUUUGUAGGCCCUGUUAAGCUGCCACUAAUAGUGUUUGUGUAAAUAGUGUUUGUGACAGCUAUCAAGGAAUAUAUACAUACACACAGAAGUAUAACCCUGUAUUGCAUCUAAAGUAUGCAGUUUUGUGAAUUGAAUGUGGAGAGCUAUGGUUAUACAAAUUGUGCUUUAUUUUUAAGUAAAGAGACAUUUUUCAGAUGUACCUGAUUAAACAAACUGGUUUAACCUAAUGAAAUAUCUAAUGAUAAGUAAACAUUAAUGGAAAGAAAAGUACCAGAAUGCUGCUGAACCUAAUCGUUUAUCAUCUCUUCUCAUGUGUCAGCAUUAUUAAAAUAGUUGUUCCUGCAAAAUGAACUAAUGAGCCCUUUUCAUCAGCGCUUUGAUAUACUAAUAUUGUCUGCACAAGUGCUGUGCUAAGAUUUCACCAUCUCACAAAGCAUGAUUUUGAAAUUGUGCCUAUAGCAACUGUUUGUUCUAAUAGAGCAGUGCCCCAACUUAGGAUGAUGCCUGCAGGGGAUUUGACUUUAUUUUCUGUAAGUCAAAGAUGGCCUUAAUGAAUGUAGUAGACAUAGAGCAGAUGUGAAACCAGUAUAAGUAAGAAAUUAUGUGUAUUAUCAAUUGCAAAUAUCAAUUAUGCACACUUCUGAUUUUUAAUGUUUUAAUUUCUUUUUCUGACAAUUUAACAUCAGUCCAAAACAUGCAGAAUAGUGGAAAAAAAUGCUUCCUUGCCUUGAAGAUGCCUUAUGCAAUCCAGGAAGACCAGAGUAAGUUAGAUAUUUUAUUGAAAGAGUCCAGCUGCUUCUGGGGUAAAAUCUGAUACAACUUCUAUAUCUUACACACAUGCAGCGGGCCAAAAUAAACUUCAUCCAGUGCAGGCCCUGCAUCUCAAAGCACUUUCCAUUUGGAAUGGAGGAUUCCUGGUGCAGUUGUUAUCAGCUUACCAAGGGCUUGUCAGGGUUUACUUGCUCCUGUGCAAUGUCAUCUUCAAGCAUAUGUAGGUAGAAUUCCUUGUGUACACCAAAAGCACACCAAAUUUGAGAGACUGAAUUCAUGGAGUCCUCCCUUCCUCUCCCAGAAGAUGGUGUGAAAGUGUGAGGGUUGCUCCUGUGGGAAUGACCCUGUGGAUGUGUCUGCCUUGGCCAGCAGUGAGGCAGUCAGUGUUUGCUUUGGUGUCUGUGACCUUCAGCCCCCAGGGCUCUGAGCAGGGAAGGGCUGGUUAGGGGGCAGGGAGUGCUGGGGAGUGCACCUGGGUGUGCUGCAGGACCACCUCAGAAUCCCUGCACAGGGAUCUGCUGGCUUCCUCAUUUCACACGUAAAUGUCCUGCUUUUUCCUGCUUCAGCAGACUGAGAACUUUGUGUAUGAAUAAAGCAGUGUUUAAUGCCACUGCUAGAUCCAGUGUUACGGCAGUGGGGUGCAGCCUUGUAUCAGUCACAGAGUCCGUAGGCCUGGGCAGUGCCAGUGCUCAUCACUGAGGAGGAAGGAGGGGCGUGCUCAAACAGCCCAUGGCUCGUGUAGGGCUCGUACAGGAGGCUUGGCCUCCUCUCUUUGUAACAUGUACCACUGUAAGUAGUGAAAUGUGCCUUUUAGGGCUUUGUUUUUCCCCAUCCUCAUCCUGGCCUAUCUCCCUUUUACACCAACACCAAUGCUUCUCCUCUCCUUCUUAUCUCACUUUCCUCCCUUUGUCCUUUGGAUGACAAAUUUUGCCAGAAUUACUGAAAAUCCUGAACUGGCCUUUGGUUUAUAAGAAUCUGUGUUAGAAAGAAGCCCAGCUGUUAAGAGAGCUGUAUUUUUGCCAGCCCCUGGAUUUUUGUGUCUGUGCAUAUCCAUGCUGGCUAGUUUAAAACGCACAGUAGUAAAGGACAUCUGAAUUAAUUCCUGUGCAGUGAACCUGUGGUUGCACAGCUGCUGAAGUCUGUGGUGGCCCUUUAUUCUCUAAUGUAACAUCUCUUGCACAGAAAUAGUUGUGGUCCUCACAAAGGAAAAGUUGUGUGUUUACCUGGUUUUCUUGAGACUGGGUGUCUCUGACUUCUUAGGAGCUGUUCUGUGUAUUGGGCAGAUAAUUCAUGUGCAUGCCUGGAAUUGGAACAAAAACCAUGAAAUUUUGAACAUGAAAGUAAACGUCAUUUAUUUCUAAACUUACAGAAUGUUUGUAGGACAUUAAAUUAGACAUUGUUUAGAAAACAGAGUAAAAUAAUUAUUUCUAUAUCAGAAAUGAAAAAUCAUCCACUAGAUAUUUUCAAUAUAUUUUAAAGCAAACUUGUAAUCAUUAUGAUAUUUCACUGUGGGCAAAAUUCAGAACUGGGGGAAAGGGAGAAAAUUCCAUUUAAGAGAAUUCAUAGCAGACCUAAAUUUGGUUCUUUACUUUUCACCUUUUAAUAACCAGAAGUUCAGAGGAGCAAGAGUUCCCAGUUUUCUACAUCCCCAUAUACUGUGAUUGGAUACAGAUAAGUACCAACAUACCUGGAGAGGAGGGGAGCUUAAUUCUGAUGGACCAUUGACCUUUCAGCACAUCAUUGCUGCUGACCUGUUUUUCCACACUGUGUUUGGUCUCUUGAGACCAGUGGCCUUGGCAGGGGUUGGGUACAUACGAGCUUCUGAAGUCCCAUCAUAGUCACUCAGGAUCUACAGAGAGGAUCAGGAAGGACGGGAGACAAAAGAAACCCUAACUUUUUUAAUAUGUAUAAAAUUGUCUAUUUGACCCUCAUAAUUGAUUUUGGCAGAAGGAUAUACUUUAUUAUAACUUAUUUUGUUGUUAUUUGUAAAUACAAGAUGUUUAUGGGAAAUAUGUAAUUCUGAGCUGUGUCUAUGGAACAAGCCACUGCACCAAAAUAUUUCAAAUAUUUAGAAUAGGCAGAUUUUUUUAUUAAAAGGGACCUAAUAUGUAUUUAUUUACAUAUACCAUUCAAAUUUUGUCCAGCUUUUUCAUUAUACUAACCCAUCUUUUUAGGGAAUUUUAUAGCACAGGUAUUACAUAUAUAUUUUUGUAUAUAUGUCAUACUGUAAAUCCAUAAUACAAUUUUCUAAACUUUCUGAUUAGCCAGUUCCUUGAGUGAAUUAAAGGGGGAGAGCAUAAGCAAAUUGCUUUCUGACUCGUUCAGGAAUAUAUAUCCGUGGCAAUGUACCUGAACCAGAACUGUACAGCAUCAUUUUCAUAUUGUAUACAUUUUCUCUUUGAUGAAAAAAUGUUAACUAUUUUUGUUUAUGACUAAUUUAUUUUUUAUUAUUGUGGAAAAUAAAGUAACUCAAGAUG